AAGACGAUGACUGGAUGAAGCGUUGGCCAAUCAGCGAGAAGAAAGAUGCUUGGAGGCGGGAACUUGUCCCUCACUGCAACGCGAGCGAGCAGAUCCUGUGACCGGUUUCGUUACGGCUUUGGUUUUGAAAAUUGUGGGUGCCCUGAAUCGGUGAAUUACGCGUGGACCAUGCCUAUACAAUCCUUCUCCUUUCCUUUGCCUGAGACCAGGUUCUUCCAGGCUGGACAACAUGUCUACAAGUUCAAGAUCAGGGGAGGCAAUAACUGCAGUGAAGUGAAGGUGAUGGGAGAAGAGUUUGUCAAUCGGGAGUUGGAGAAUACCAUCAGAGCGGUGCUAGCCAACCUGGACUGUCUUCAGCCGUUCACUACCCCACACUUCACUGUCUACCCUUACAAGAGUAAGUGGAAGAGAGUGUCCAAGUUUAAAUUUGAGAAGAUGUCAGGAGAGAAGCUGUCUGCUUACCCCUACCUAGUCACUGUGUACCUAGAGAACAACACACACACUGAGAUGUGUGUGGAAGAGUGCUGGACACCAGUGAGAGCAGGAGAAGGCAUCCCCCUCCUUCCUGCCAGUGGUCAUGAGUGCCAGGCCAAGCGCAGUAAGACAGGACCACCACACUGGGGCACCCUAACACCACAACAAAGAGACCGUCUCAUCAUGCAGGGACCACAGUCACACAUACAUCAUGAACUUCUCAGACCAGGGGAAACGGAGGCAAAGAAUGGUGAUGGCAAGGUGUCUCUCGCUCACUCUCUGUCUCACUCUCUGUCUCGCUGUCUCUCUGUCUGUCUCUCUCCCAGUGAACUUCUCAGACCAGGGGAAACGGAGGCAAAGAAUGGUGAUGGCAAGGCAGACUGUGUGGUAUCAGAUAGACAGACCCCACAGAAUACAGUCGGGGGCUCUGUGACCGGUGGCAGUGAGACCAUAGAGGUCAACGGGGGUCACGGAGAGGAAGAGGUGCAUCCUGGAGCGGUAGAGGAGGGCGACCCGGAGGACCUGACCUGGACCCCAAGUCUCAUGUGAGGCCAGGUUUGCUGGCCCGCCUUGUCAG